UGACAAGAUUUGCCAUUCUCUUUCGUUUACCGAGUGAGCGAAAGUUUUCUUAAUGUAAUUUGCCUAAAGCAUUCUUAUCUUUUUCACUGUCUUAUUUUCUGGUUCUCCCUUUUUUUACAUGGUGAAGGUUGAGUUUUACUUUUCAUCUAAACUUGUUCCUCUAGCUAAAGAUUUUCCCGGUGCAUCAUCCUUAUCAUCCCAUAUCAUUAUCAUCUUCGUCAUCCACUGAAAUAUAAGAUAAACCUUAUUUUAACAGUUUUUCAAAUCAGUUUAAAUUCUAACCUUAUUCUCAUUGGUUCUUCUCGUUUUUUUUGUGUCGUCAAGUUUUUCAACUCACAGCUGGCUUACACUUGCCACCAGUUUAUUUAGACUUUCAUUCUGGUUGUCCUUUGUUUCGAUUGAGUUUGUAUUUCAAGUGCAUUCUUUUCAUCCACCUCAAGUUUCAUCAAUAAUUUACAAUGGCGUUGUUGGUUAAUGCCGUUUUAACAGAAAAUGUCAACGAAGUUAUUAGAACUGAAACUGAUGAAGAUAGAUUGAAAUUUAAGAUUGAAGAGCUUAAACAAGUUUGUUUUGAAGAGGUCAAAGCUCAUCCUAAUGAUUAUGAUCCAAGAGAUGUUAAAGCUUUGGAGGCUGACAGUGAAACUGGAAUCAUGUUAUUUCUUGAAUCAAAUGAUUGGAAAGUUGAACCUGCUUUGGAAGCAAUCAGGCGUCAUUGUUCAUACAGAAGAGAGAAUGGAGUUUUAGACUUGAAGGUUACCGAUAUUCCAGUUGAAGUUCAUCAAACAGGAUUAUUUAUGGCUAAAGGUUUCGAUAAAGCUGGCCAUCCUUUGUUCUACAUCCGUCUCUCCGUUUCACCUGGACCUAAAGAGAUGCAUCCAUUGAUUAUCAAACAAUUUUUACUUAACUGUGAAUCCGUCAGAAAUAUGGUUCUUGAAAAAAACAAAAAACUUGCCAUUAUAUUCGAUUGCAGACAAGCUCAAGUUGAUAUCGGAUUAUUACGGGAAAUUCUUGACAUUUACACUCAAAAGUAUCCUCCUGCAGCCGAAUAUAUUGCCUUUUUGGACAUGAACUUUGGCUUUAAAAUGAUUCUACAAAUUAUCAAGUAUUUCUUCCCUAAAUAUUUAUGGAAAAAGAUGAUCUUCAUUGACCAGGAAGCUUUAAAAACCAUGGUGGAUCAAGAUAAUUUGCCAUACUAUUUAGAUGGAAAAAUUGAACCUUUGUCAAAAUCUGAGAUCUCUGAAUGCCCCAACCUCGCUGAUUAUGCUAAGGCCAACAAUAUCAAAGAUAAAGUCUAUGAGAAAAUGAAGUCACAUCUUGACAAGCAACUCUCAAACGAUUCUUGAAUGCUUCCAAUUUUAUACUCAAUAUUUUCAGCUUUAAGCCUGUAUAUAUUCAUUUUCAGUACACUCUUGUAAACUCAUGCAUUUACCUUUUUAAUUGACCAAUUAUGGUCUUAUUUUUAAACAUUGGAAAACUUUGUAUUGUUUGUAGUGUGCAAAAUGCUAAACAAUAAAUCUUGAUUGAAUCAUGA